AUGUCUGGAAGGUUGGAUAUAACACAACCUCGUGAUCAGCCCCUACUGACGCCAUCACAGCAGGUGGGUGGGACCCACGGAGCUCACGCCAAUGCGGCAGCUGCACAGCGUGCGAGCAUUCCUUUCGGUGCCAAAAAAGGCAAGCAACCGUUUGCGAGGCAAAACCGGCGUGGGGAACUUUUCCUCUUCGGGAAAGUCGCGCUGGCACCAUCCAAACCUUCCGCCAAGCUCCGUAUACAGAUCUCGACCGUUCCCACUACGGCAGCAAUGGCUCUAUCCGAAAAGAGCUUCUCAUCUCGCCCGAAGACCAUAAGCGGCGGAAAAUCUCGCAACUGCUCAAAAGGAGGUGGCGGCGCAUAUACGAACUCUUCCCUUCUCCGAAGCGAAACAUUCGGACCUGGCUCCGAGACCAGUACCUCCACCAUCGAAUGGGCCAUGGCAGAACUUUUGAGGAACCCCACCAAGCUGAUAAAGGUCCCGGAAGAACUAGACAAGGUGAUCGGACCAAACAGAGCCGUCAAAGAAUCUGAUCUGCCCCAUCUUCCUUACCUCCAUGAAUGCGUAAAAGAGAUGCUUUGGUUACACCCUCCGGUCACAUUUCUGCUACCCAACCGAGCCAUCGAGACGUGA